GAAAAGAAGAAUUUAUUCAUGAAAUGUCAUUCCAAUAAUAUUCUUAUUUAAGUAAUAAGUGUAAAUUUUGUUUGUUUUUACGUAGCUUUGAUUAUUACUAAAGUGAAUAUAUCUCGUUGAGUAAAGUUGAAUUAAUAUAUUCUAUUAUUUAAAAUGGUGGAUACUGACAGAUUAAGGAGCUGGUUAUCAGUUUAUCACAAUCCUGAUCUGGCUUACAGGGAAAUAAUGAGUGUUAAUCAACAAUAUAAAGGUUUACAUCCAGAACAAAACACUUACAUUUUUAAUGAUGGUGUUAGAAUGGAACUUGUAAAUUUGAGCGGUACCAUUCCAGUGCGAUACAAAGGUAACUUAUACAAUAUACCCAUAUGCAUUUGGUUAAUGGACACUCAUCCCUUAAACGCUCCCAUAUGUUAUGUGAAACCCACUAUGGAUAUGUCCAUAAAAGUAUCCAUGUUUGUAGAUCAAAGUGGGAAAAUAUAUUUACCUUAUUUACAUGAUUGGGUACCAAACGAGUCAGAUUUGUUAGGUUUAAUUCAAGUUCUAAUAGUUACCUUCGGCGAUCAUCCCCCUGUUUUCGCUAAAGUCAAAGACAACGUUUACCCCCCGUCAAAUCGUGAGUAUUUAAUACGAAAUUCAAUAAAAAAUUUUUUUAUGGAACAUUUCAUUCUUUUAGCGUUUAUGCCCCAACCGGUUGGAGGUUAUAAUAUGCCUCCGAAUCCUGCUCCUGUUUACGGCCUAUCUGCGGGUUACAAUUGUCCUCCUUAUCCCCCGCAACCCGUUAGACAUCUGAAUUAUCCUUUCCCUUUUCCAAAUAAUAAUAAUUUCGGAGGCUCAGUACCUCAACCGGGUACAGGUACUAUAAAAGAAGAACAUAUAAGGGAGUCAUUAUUGACUGCUUUGGAGGAAAGAUUGUUGAGGAGGAUGAAGGAGCAGUUCCAGCAGAAUCAGGCCGAAUUGGAGACUUUGAAGCGUACCCAAGAGGAAUUGAAACAAGGGAAAGUCAAGUUGGAUAAUAUACUUAGUCGUUUGGAAAAAGAAAAGAAUGAUUUGGAUAAAAAUAUUACAAUGUUGCAAGAUAAGGAACAGGAAUUGGAUAAGGCGAUCGAAAGAAUAAGUAACCAAGAGUCGAUAGACGUCGAUGAUGCCGUUACGACUACAGCUCCUUUAUAUAAACAGUUGUUGACAGCAUUUGCAGAAGAGGCGGCACUAGAAGAUACGAUUUAUUACAUGGGGGAAGCUCUGAGGUGCGGCGUCAUAGAUUUGGACGUAUUUUUGAGACAAGUAAGGAGCUUGUCGAGAAAACAAUUCAUGCUUCGAGCUCUUAUGCAAAAAUGUCGUCAAAAAGCUGGUUUAUCAAUAUGAAAAACUGUUCUAAAGCCAUAUAUUUAAUGUUUUUACUCAUAUAAUUCUUAAUUUGAAUGUUAUAAAGAAAUUAAAGUUUUUAUUCAUUUGUACACUGUUUUACGCAUAUAUAAUCGCAAAUAAAUUGGUUUCUAUUC